AGCGGGGGCCCCAGCUGGCUUCCCAUCCAGGGGGAGACCUCAAGGGCCCCGGUGCCCACGCGGUGGUCCCUCGCCUGGAUGAUGCGUCCCCCGCAACCAGGCUGCCCAAGCCUCUUGCUGAAUGGCUCUGCUUCGUCUCCCCUGUUUCUGGGUGA